AUGGGGCAUCUCCGCUCCCCACUGGCCCUAGCACUGCUGGCGCUGACCCUGCUGCAGGGGUGCGGCCAGCCCAGAAUCUCCAGCCGAAUUGUUGGGGGAGGGGACGCCGCAAGGGGCCGGUGGCCGUGGCAGGUCAGCAUCCAGUACAAUAGACAGCACUUCUGUGGUGGGUCCCUCAUCUCAGCCCAGUGGGUUGUGUCAGCAGCUCAUUGCUUCCAAUUCUCUUUCCCCCAGUCUGCCUAUCGUGUGACCCUCGGGGAGCACCAGCUGUCCAACCCCUCCCCGAGCCGGGUCUCAUCCCCUGUGCGCCAGAUCCUCGUCCACCCCGAUUACAACAGGGGGACCCGUUCCGCCGACAUUGCCCUUGUGCAGCUCACGGAGCCAGUGCGAUACACCGACGAAAUCCUCCCCGUCUGCUUGCCAGGCCCUUCCGACUCCUUCCCUGGCAACCACACGUGCUGGGUCACCGGCUGGGGGACAACAGCUUCUGCGGUCUCUCUCCCGCCCCCCAAGACGCUGCAGGAGGUUCAGGUCCAGCUGAUCGACACUGCAGCCUGCAACGCCCUCUACAACAUCGACCCGGCCCCGAACAUCGGCAGGGACCCCGUCAAACCCGACAUGAUCUGUGCCGGCUACGCCGAAGGGCAGAGGGACUCCUGCCAGGGUGACUCUGGGGGGCCGCUGGCCUGUGACCACAAUGGGACCUGGUUCCUGAUGGGGGUUGUGAGUUGGGGGGACGGCUGUGGCCAACCCAGUCGUCCCGGUGUCUAUGUCCGGACAGUGGCCUACGGCGAAUGGAUAUGGGGGCACGUGGUGUCCGGGGGCCAAGCCACAUCCAUGGAGAACAGCACCUCUGGAGUAAAUGACGCCAGAUCCUCCUUCAGCACCUACACGCUUCUCUUCACCACUCUGCUGAUGUCACUGUGA